UCAAUGUUUCAGAAUGAGAACACUCUUCAUUAUUUUGGCUUUAGUAGCCGUUGUCUCAUACGCGUACGAUCCUGUAUUUAUUGAUGAACUAAAAGAUAUAGUCCCUGACAAGAACGAUAAAAAGGAACUGAAAAAGCUAGACAAGGACAAGGAUAUGAUCCGCUCCGAAAAGAAACAAAAACUUGAUGUCAUUCUGGCUAGACAAACAGAUUCCAUCAAGAAACUUUUCGAAAUAGAAGUUCAGCGCACACUUCUCAAACAUCAAAUGAAAAUGGAGAAGAAGAUGGCAGUGGAUGAUCCGGCAGUCAGAGAAUAUUGGCAAAAAGUCGAGGAAAUCAACAAGGAUAUGAGCAUUUCGCAAAGACAAGCCGAUAAGAAGAUAAAAGAGCUCAAGGAAAAGCUGACACCUGAGCAACGAAGAUUAUUGAAGAAACACUAAGGACAAUCAGCUUUCACAAAUGUGUUUGUUCUGGUAAAU